AUGCGACCAGACGGUCCACGCGACCCAUACGCCGGGCCCGAGGCGGGGCCUGAGGCGCCGUUUCCCAUCAAGUUGUGCGGGCCGGUGAUCAAGGGGUUUGGGAGGGGGAGUAGAGAGCUCGGCAUUCCCACGGCCAACAUCCCCACCGAAGGCCUCUCGACCACCCACCCAGACUUGCCGAGCGGAAUCUACUACGGCUUCGUGGGCCUAUCGCUCAAGAGCUGUCCCUCUGCCACCGGCGCCAGCUCCAGCACUAGCGGCUCAGAUUCGACGACGUCACCCCCUUCCUCGACACCCGCCGCAUCAACAGCGGUAGAGCCCAUAAUCUCGAUCCACCCGGCCGUCCUCUCCAUCGGGUACAACCCAUUCUACAAAAACACCGUGCGCAGCGUGGAAAUCCACAUCCUACACGACUUCCCGCGCGACUUCUACGGCGCCGCCCUCAACCUGCUGGUGCUGGGCUACAUCCGGCCCGAGUACGACUACGUCAGCGUCGACGCGCUUGUCGAGGAUAUCAGGAUCGACUGCGCCGUUGCCGCGCGCAGUCUGGACCGGGCAACGUACCAGCGCUUCCGCCGCGACGAGUGGGAGGCCUGGUUGACGGAUUUCUCGUGGAUGGACAACGUCGAUACACACAAGCUGGAGAGGGAAAUGCUGAACCAGAAGGAGUAA